AUGAAUUUGUAAGUACAGUAAUCGUUACCGUACUUUUUUCGGACUUAUCUGUAAUUUUCGCGAUUUCAGACUCCACUUCGCCGUCCAUUUUCUAUUCGGAGAUGGUAAAAUGAGCGGCGAGCCGGUGCCGCUCAUAUUUUUGGUAAGAAUUGUCGUGAGAUUCGAUGUAAAGCCCACAAACACUCGCUUUGCGGACAAUGCACCAUAUCUCACGGCAUAGUGUCAAAGAAUACCGAAAGGGUUUGCAGAACUGCUCCUCAAUAUUUAUUCACGGAAAAGAUGAAAAAUAUGCGAAUUGCCAGAUCGAAAACGGCACGGAUCCGUGUUAUUUAUUAAAAGUUAGUUAACGGGUGGAUUAUCAAUGGAGCGAACUUGCAACAUUUCAGGAAUUGCACCGCGCAAAAGAGUUUCGCACCUAUUUUCUGGCCAUUUUACCCAUUAUUUUGUCGGUCAUCGCCUGUCUGCUCAACAUUGGUUAUUUGAUUGCACAACUGAAAUGUUUUAGUCAGGAGAAGACGAGGUAUGUCUGCAAACACUUUCAUUGAUGCACAAGACCUUACGACACGUGUUGUUCGUUUUGCAGUUUCAAAAAGCGUCAAGUGUUCCUCAUCAGCCGAUCUCUGUCCAUAAUUCUCGCCAACCUCCUCUUCUACGUGGUCGUCAUUGUUUGGAAGGCGAACGGAUUCAUGUACACCUCCGCCAUGAUCUUCAUUCUCAUCGGAAGCAUCAACUUCCUCUCCGUCACAGGUAAUUUCGAUCCUACAAUAGCGGAUCUGUUCAGCAAUUGGUCUUCGAUCUUCAAACGACUAUUGUAGAGUUCUUAGAGAUCCAGUCGGCCCAGAAAUUGUUUUGUGAAAUCUUAGCAUCUAGUACUACAUUUUUGUAGUUUGUCACUUUUUUGUACGACCUCUCCCUGGGGUACUGUAGCGCCGGGAAGUUGGGACGCCUCUAAGUGCCUUGUGGAUAACCCUUACUUUCAAGAGCUACAGUAACCCGAGGAGUGAUUGUAUUAAAAAGUUGUCAACUACAAAAAUAAAGUUCUAGGUGUGAAAAAUAUUUUUUCAGUUGAUGUUUUCAUUGUCAGACACCUCCUUGGAGUACUGUAGCUCUCGGAAGUUAGGGGUGAAAACUUGGUGCUUUAAGUAGCCCCGACUUUUCAGAGCUACAGUACUCUAGAGAGAUGUCGUACAAAAAAGGGGCCAACUGCAAAAAUGUAGUACUAUUUGUCAUGAUUUCACAAAACAAUUGUCUAGAACUGUGGGACAUCUUCUAGCCUUACAAUAGUCUAUCGAAGUUUGCGCACUUUUUUUCCAUUUUCACUAUUGUAAAACCGCUUUUUUGCAGGCACCUACAUCGGUCUCACAAUCCUUUUAUACACGGCAAUCGCUCAUCAGUUUUGGUACAUGACAAGACUGACUCUCACGCAUUGCUGGCUCAUCAUCGCCCUCAUUUGGUUCCUUUCCACUGCUUCAUCGGUAAGGAUUGCAGUAACUUGACAUAACUCCUACAGUAACCCUACCGUACCGUUUGCAGGUGUGCAUCGGUCUCUGGGGCGCCACGCUCUUCUACCCCGAGUCGGCGCCGAUCUCCUGCUCGUUCGGCUCCUGCCAACAACCGCUCGCCAUCAUCAUCGUCGUGGGACUGUCCAUCUGCUACGGCACCGUCAUCGGUCUCUACGUGCUGAUGGUCGCCCGUCUGCACCGCCUGUUCCGCAAGAGUUCCCUCGUCCAGGCGCGCUCCCGCUCGAACAGCAUGACGGCGAUGAAGCGAUUGUGGCUGAAUAUGCUCACGUUCGCCGUCGGCUCCGUGCCCAUUCUCGUCGUGUGCAUCGUCGCCCUCGUCAACCUCCGCGAGCUUUCGUCGCUCGGAGAAGGCUGCAAAAGUCCGUGCAAGACCUUUUUGCACAGUUCGCUCUUCGUCGAAGUCGAGAUUCUCGCCAGUGUCGCCGCUAUUGUCUGGUCAGUUUUCCCAUCUGCAAAAAUCGAUUUAAAAAGGUUUAUUUUCGAAUUUCAGGAUAAUCGGAAUGAUCGCCGACCCGGUAAUCAAUAUUUUGGCGGAUAAAAAGAUGCGCGGCCUGUUUCGGCGCCAAAUAAAUCGAGUUUCGACGAGUUUGCGACGCAUCCGACGCGCCUCCACAAAAUCCACAAUUUCCACCGACGAUCAGUGA